CAUCUAUGUAUGAAAAAACCUACCAAUAAGAUAAAACCAAAAUAAGCCAAUUUUAACAAUAUUAAUAACUUAUUACCCAUAAAAAUGUCUGAAAUAGAUGUUUUUAUAAGCAAUUACACUCUAGUUGACCCAGAAAUUUACCAAUUAUGGAUUGACGGCCUCUCAGCUGCAGAAGCUGUAAAAAGUUUAAAUCAAGGCGGAUUGGGUAUCCAAACUGGCGCAACCUUAGAAUUAAUAGCCAGCGAUGUUUUGGAUCAUUACCGAACGUACUCGUUGCUCGAAAAGUUAUUGAGCAACCCGAAUAAGUUACAAGAACAAUUAGAGUUCCAAAUCGAACCGCAAACAAGGAAAUUAUUAAUCGAAAAGUAUUACGAAUUUGACGAUUCCGUCGUGAGGGAAUUGUUGGGGAAAAAAUUGUCUUCAAAACAUCGUAAAGAUCUCGACGAGGUCUCUGAGAAGACUAAAGUUGCUUUAAAAUCUUGUAGGAGGCAAUUUGAUAAUGUUAAGCGCGUUUUUAAAGAGGUUGAGGAAAAAUCCGGCUCGAUUGUUCAAAAUAUAACCACAACCUUCUUUUUACCUGAAGAGUUGGCUAAAAAAUACGCUUGCGUUGUAUUUUUGGCUUGUUUAAGGUUUGAAACUUCAAAAAGAAGGUUGCAAUAUUUAACUUUUGGGGCGUUAAGGAAAUGUACAGAGACGAUUAUGAAUAAUUGGACUUAUACGGCUUCUUCAGGCGUUGAUUUUUAUGAUAUGGAAAUGGAUAAGGAAUUUUUAUCCGAUUUACGAGAAUUAAGAGUCUUAUUGGAGAAAGAAAAGGAACAUAAACAUUUAGUUUGCCAAAAUUUAAAACCUGUUUUGUUACAAAAAUGUUUCAACGAAUUGGACGGGAAUUUCCGAACGUAUUCGAGGGCUAUUUUAACUUUAGCCACAGCUUUACAUAGAACGAGGGAGUUGAGGAACUUAUUUGUUGAGUUAUCACAAAUUUUAGAUCUUUGGAAACAAGGAGGUUGGGCUUUUAAAGACUUGGAACUAUUUUUGAACGCCUUUACAAAAUGUGCGUUAGAAAUCGAUGUUCGAGAGGAUAUUUUUAAGAAUACUUGGGAAAGAUACAUGAAGGUUAUUGGACCUUGUUUAUUAAUUAUGUUUGUAUAGAAAUAAUAAAUAAUAAUAAUAAAUA